ACCUAUUAAGAACAGUAACCCGUCCAAGCCUAAACACCAUUCAGUACCAUUCCUAGACACCGCCAUUCACAGACACCACCAAUCCCAGACAUCACCAAUCCUAGAUAGACCAGAGAUCAUUCCAAGAUACCUCAAGGGGGCGUAAACUAAACCACAGAAAUGCCAAGUUUCCUUCGCACAAUCCGGAACAUCCCAAACUCCUCCGUGGAGGUGAAACUUCUAAACGCCACAAGUAACGACGCAUGGGGACCGAUGAGCUCCCAGCUCGACGAACUCGCAAAACUCACGUACCACGCAGAGGCAUUCCGGAGGGUUACGAAACAUCUUGUCAAGACCUUGUCUGCAAAGACCAAGUACUGGCGAUCGAUCGCCAAGCUGCUCAUGGUGACGCAUUUCUGCCUCCAGACUGGCCUGGAUGCAUUUAUCCAAUGGGCUCGUGCCACAGUCUGUAUAUUUGUUGGUUUAAAACGAUUCAAUAUGGAAUCUUUUACCGGGGAUGAACUAGAACAGGCGCAGCAGAUCCAGGUCAAGGCCGCGAGUAUUGUGCAGUUAGUGGAGAAUCCGGAGAAACUUGAGCGUAUGAGGGCCGGCUUCCACCAGCUCCGGUCAGAAUUGGAAAAGCCCGGGGUAUACAACCUGUCGAAAAAGGAGAAGGUUCUUCGGGCCGAUACGUUUUUUAUGGAGGAGCGAUGUGAGGUGUUUGAAAGGAGCUCGAACACGAUUCACGGUAGGAAUAGUUUCUAUCUGGAGAUGAAUAUGAGCAAACAGAGCGGUAAUUUUCCGCAGCCAUGGGGGUUACACCCUGUGGAAGAAGUGAGUGAGGUGAUUGUCUUGGAUAGAGGGUCCCGGCCAACUCCCAGGUCAACUUCUGAGCUAAUUCCCGUAUGUGGCUAUCAAUAGCCUACACAUCGUAGCAAGCAUUAUAAGAAUAGAAAUGGGAUGUAUCUAAUACUCAUACGGCAAUUAAUCGUGAUAAGUAUAAGC